GGCCGAGGAGAGGAGCUUCAGCUAGUCUGACACUCAACUCAACUCAAGACAGGGUUCGCUUCCAUGUUUCUUCUUCCUUCUUCUGUGUAGUCUGUCGCCGGUCAUGAUCAGGUCAGUGCUGCAGCGCAGUUUAACCUCCCAUUUACUUUCCUGUACCAGAAGAUCAUGUCUACUAACAGGUCGGAUACUUAAUGGUGUGCAGCCUCCUUCACCAGGUCACACACCCGUCCAGCAGCGCUUCCAUGGACCCCUUAUACCAAAAAUCACAGCUCUGGUCAAGUACUCAGACUUGUCCACACAGAAGUACACUAUGAUUUACACCCUGCCGUACAUUAAGCUCCUCAGAGCCGUGUCCAGGCUCAAACUGCUCCAAACUGCCAUCACCGUGGUCAUCUUGCCCCCAGUGUACGUCCUCUACCUCCAGGGAGAUGUCCCCCUCUUCCUUGCCAGCUACACAACUGGGAUAGCACUGUUUGCUGGUGUCAUGCUAUACACUGCCAGUCACAUUUUCAGGAGGGUUGUGGGUAUGAUGUACCUGGACCCAUCCCAGACUACACUCAAAGUGUCCCACCUGACCUUCUGGGGCAAGCGCCAUGAUAUCUACCUCCCUGUGUCAGAUGUUAUGACCAUCAGCGACACAGGGGACUCUGCAAAAGAGAUAAUAUUGAAACUAAAGAGAUACAGCAGUCCACAGACAUUGUAUUUCUCCACUCAUUAUGGACGUGUGGUGGACAAACUAGGUUUUGAGAGAGUCUUUGGAAAUUUAAAAUGAUGGAUAAUUUUUAAAAAGCAUGGAUUUGAAUCAUAAUGACAUAAUGAAAUUUAACAAGCCCAAUGCAAUAUUGGGAUAAUGUGGAGUCUGUUCACCAUGGAAGAUGGGUAAUGAAUAUUUGAGUGAAUUAAGUUUGUGAUUGAAAAGUGAGGAUGCGUAUCUGUGGGCUUCAGCUGCACUUUGAAGUAGAACAACAUGCCAAGUAACCAGUGUUGGUAAUAAUAUGUUAAUAGUAUUUUAAGAUUACUGUCAUCUGGUAACCAAUGACCUAAUAUGUG